UCUGGUUUGAUCAACAGUCACAAAUGCAUCACUUUUCAUUUAUGUGUUAAAAGUGUGUUAAAUGUUCAUCAGAAAAGAUAAUUUUUAAUUCACACUUCUAUUUUCAAGACACAGUUUUUUUUCUUUGUUGCAAUUGUUAUUAAAUUUUAUUCAAAUUUGAACUUCUUUUUUAACGUUAAUGUAUUAGAUACGUUGAUAUCUUAACAAAAGAUUGAUAUUAUUGGGCCUUACAUUUGCAACUAGAAUAUUUUUAGCAAAAUGAUGAAGAAUAUUUCAAAAAAUUUUACGGUAGAAAAUGGUAUUUAUAAAGGACCAGUAAAUCUCGAUAUAGGUAACUAUAAAAGUCUUGGAGAAAUGAUUUGGUUUAACAUUAAAAAAAAUGGAGAUAAAAUUGCACAUGUAGACGCAUGCACAGAAGAAACAACUACAUAUACGGAACUACAAGAUAAAGUUGUAAGAUGUGCGUUGUGGCUGCAAAAACAUGGAAUUAAAGCAGAUGAUAUCAUUACUCUAUGCACAGGAAAUCAUAUGAACUCUAUUGUGCCCUGCCUCUCUGCGGCUUAUAUCAAUGCAAUUUUUAAUACAUGGAACGAGAAUAUGAACUUGCAAACUACAUUAUACUAUUUGGAUCUGACUAUGCCGAAAAUAAUUUUCUGUAGUGAGAAAUCCGUGCAUAUUGUCUUAAGCGCAAUAAAAGAGAGAAAUUGCAAUUCCAUGGUGGUAGUUUUUGGCAAGCAUAUCAACGCGAUUUCAUUCUCCGAUAUCUUGAGGACUGGCACUGAUGCAGAAGUGGCAAAUUUUCAUUACGUAAAACUUGACGAUAUCAAAAAAACGGCGUGUAUUCUGCACUCCUCAGGCACUUUGGGAUUACCGAAAGCUACCGAAAUAUCCAAUUAUAAUAUGAUACUUGUUAGCGGGAAAAAAGUGAUAAACAUGUCCAAUUCACCAUCGCUAUGGUUUUCUUCUCUUUGUUGGCUGAGUGGAGUGAUAAUGAACAUGUUUGCGAUUGUACAGAGCUCUAAAGUAAUUCUCUAUCCAGAAUUUGACGAGGAAAUGACUUGCCGAUUAAUUGAGAAAUACAAAGUAACAACUAUUUUUCUUAGCACAAGCAUGACUAAUCGACUUGUGAAAGCGAGUUAUAUAAAGAAAUAUUCAUUAUCGACUUUAAAGGACAUAGUGCUUACUGGUGCAGUUCUUAAACCAAAAGUACAGGAAGAAUUAAAAAAUAUUUUACCACAUGUUACUAUGUGGCAAGGUUAUGGAAUGACGGAAGUCACCGGUCUCGUAACAUUUCAAUUAGCGCAUCAUAAAAAUGGAUCAUGCGGGACAGUAGUCGAAAAUGUGCAAAUAAAAAUUGUAGAUCCAGAAAGUGGAAAAGUACUUGGCCCGAAUCAAACUGGAGAAAUAUGGAUAAAAUCUCUAGUAGUAAUGACUGGUUAUUAUAGAAAUCCUGAGGCGACGAAAAAUACGAUUGAUGAUGAAGGAUGGUUGCACUCGGGUGAUGUUGGUUACGUAGAUGAAGAUGGGGAAUUGUUCAUUGUCGAUAGGAUAAAAGAACUCAUAAAGUACAGAGGAAACCAAAUCUCACCUGCAGAAAUUGAGGAUGUCUUAAUGUCACAUCCAGCAGUGCUAGAGACUGCAGUUAUAGGGAUUCCUCAUGAAUUAGAUGAUGAACAUCCUGUUGCACUUGUUACUAAAAAACCUGAUGCUAUGGUACUAUUUUUCUUUAAAGAUAUAAUAGUGACUAAACAAGAAUUAAUAGACCAUGUAGCGAAGAAUAUGAUGGAUCACUGCAAACUUCGUGGUGGAGUAAUAUUUCUGGAAAAGUUUCCAUAUACAGGUUCAGGAAAAAUUGCGAGGAAAGAUUUGAAAGAUUUUAAGGAGUCAAGUUCAGAUCAUUUUACUGUGGACAAUGGCGUUUACAAAGGGAAAGCAGUGUUUGAACAUUAUUUGGCAAAUUACAAAAGUUUCGGAGAAUUGAUUUGGUGCAGCCUUAAAAAACACGGAGACAAAAUUGCUUAUCGAGCAAAAAUGAUUAACUUUUGCAACAAUGACAAUGUUGUUCAGUUGGAUGCGCACACGGAAGAAACAAUGACAUACGCAGAACUUCACGAUAAAGCUGUAAGAUGCGCGUUGUUUCUAAUAAAACAAGGAAUUAAAUCUAAUGACAUUAUUACUGUAUCUACCCAUAAUCACUUGAACGCUAUUGUGCCAUGUCUUUCGGCAGCUUACAUUAACGCUAUUUUCGAUACAUGGAACGAGAAACUAGACUUGAAAACUACACUGUAUCAUUUAAAUCUGACCAUGCCAAAGAUAAUUUUCUGCUGUGAGAAAUCUGUACACGUUAUCUUGAGCGCAAUAAAAGAGAAAAACUGCAAUUCCACCGUGGUGGUUUUUGGCAAGCAUAUCAAUGCGAUUUCCUUCGCCGAUAUACUGAAUAAUAGCAGUGAUGCAGAAGUGGCAAAUUUUCAUUAUGCAGAACUUGAUGACAUUAAAAAGACGGCCUGUAUUUUACACACUACAGGCAUCACAGGAUUGCCGAAAGGCAUUGAAAUAUCCAACUACAGUAUGAUAUAUAUUAGCCAAAAUAUAAAAGAAAACAAGGUAAUACAAGAAAAUGAAAAUAUAAAUUUACUAUCGUUCUCUCCUCUUUAUUGGAUAAUUGGAUUAGUGAUAAACAUAAGUGCAAUUGUGUACAGCAUCAAAAUAAUACUCUACCCAGAAUUCGAUGAAGAGAUGAUUUGUCGGUUAAUUGAAAAAUAUAAGAUAACAAUUCUGUAUCUUAUCACAAGCAUGAUUAAUCGCUUUGUCAAAGGGAGUUACAUAAAAAACUAUUCAUUAUCGUCUUUAAAAUACAUAAUAACUGGUGGUGCAAUACUUAAAUCAAAAGUUCAAGAAGAAUUGAAAAAUAUUUUACCGCAUGUUGCAAUAUAUCAAGGUUAUGGAAUGACGGAAAUCUGCGGUAUCGCAACGUUUCAACUACCUAAUCACAAAAAUGGAUCAAGCGGGACGGUAGUUAGCAAUAUGCAAAUGAAGAUCGUGAAUCCAGAAAGUGGGAAAGUACUUGGUCCGAAUCAAUCUGGAGAAAUAUGUCUAAAAUCUCCAUUCAUGAUUACUGGUUAUUAUAGAAAUUCCGAGAUGACAAAAAAUAUGAUCGAUGACGAAGGAUGGUUGCACUCAGGUGAUCUUGGUUACGUAGAUGAAGAUGGGGAAUUGUUCAUUGUCGAUAGGAUAAAAGAACUCAUAAAGUAUAGAGGAAACCAUAUCUCACCUACAGAAAUUGAAGAUGUCUUAAUGUCACAUCCAGCAGUGCUAGAGACUGCCGUUAUAGGGAUUCCUUAUGAAUUAGAUGAUGAACAUCCUGUUGCAUUUGUUACUAAAAGACCUGACGCAAUGGUGACUGAUCAGGAAUUAAUAGACUUUGUUGCGAAGAAUAUGAUGGAUCACUGCCAACUUCGUGCAGGAGUGAUAUUUCUAGAUAAGUUUCCCUACAAAGGUACAGGAAAAAUUUCAAAGAAAGAUUUGAAAAUAAUGGCUAGACAAAUGUUAAGCUAUGCUGAUUAGUUACAAACUUCUUUUGAGAUAUCAGAAUUUUUUAUUGUUUAUUUAAGCAUAGUUAUGAAAUAAUCUAAAUUUUUCUUUUAUCAAAAUAUUCUAAUCAGGAAGUUAGAAUGGACUGUAAUCCAUUUUGUAAGAUUAUUAUUGUUGUGAAAAUCAAAAUAAUAAAUAAAAUAAUA